AUGGAGGAAUAUGAUAUAGAUUUAGAGGAAGCGCUGGGCGUCGCAAUAGAGGCUGCGCGGAAGGCGGGAAACAUCAUGUGGGAGUUCUAUCAGUACAGAAGAGAGGCGGUCGCAGCUGACGCCGCACGGGCCUUCAGGGAUGAAAAUAAUAACGAUAAUAAUAAUAAUAAUAAUAAUAAUAAUAAUAAUAAUAAUAAUAAUAAUAAUAAUAAUAACGCCACCGCCAGUCGUUCUGGUAAAGUAACAACGAUGCUUGACGUUUCGGAAAAGUCUUCUAGUACGGAUCUUGUGACACAAUAUGAUAAGAUGUGUGAUGAGACGAUUACAAAGAUUUUAAAACGUUUUAGUGCAAGUGUGGAGCGUGCCAAACAUGAGGCUGGAUUUUCAUCCUUUGCGUUUAAUUUCAUCACGGAAGAGAUUUGCCCAGAUGCACCCUUGACAGAUGCACCUACAUGGAUUGUGGAUCCUAUUGAUGGAACCAUGUCUUUUGUUCAUGGUUGUUGUGAUUGCUGUGUCAGUAUUGGUCUUACUAUAAAGAAAGAAACAGUUGUUGCGGUUGUAUAUUGUCCAUUCCUUUCUCCUGUACGUAAUGCGUUAUCUGGAUCUCUUUCAAGUGUUCACGUUGGUGAAAUGUAUACUGCUAUUCGUGGUAAAGGGGCUUUUCUUAAUGGUCAUCCCAUCUGCCCAAGACCAGAUGCCACACCAGAGAAUGCCAUGGUGGUAUUUAACUAUCCAACAAAUGCAAGACUUUCAGAUAAGGAAAAGGAAAUCAGUGCUGAUCAACAUAAUGUGAUAAAAAAAGAAAAACAUGAUAAAAUUGUUGAAGCCUCUUCCCAUAUUCGCCGUAAACUUGUAAGACAUCCUGUAGAAGGUAUUCGCGGUUAUGGAGCCUGUGUUUUAAUCCUUGCACAGAUUGCUGCCGGUCGGGUAGAUUUAUACAUGGAACCAGCAGGAAUGAUAUGGGAUGUGUGUGCUGGCAGUCUACUCGUAACAGAGGCUGGUGGGGUCGUGAAAAAUAUUUGGGGUCAACCAUUCGGACUGGAGGGAUCCACAACGAUUGUAGCCGCAGCAAAUGAGACACUCGCCACCUUUGGGGCACAGUUGUGCACAGAAGUGAAUUAUGGAGAUUUCUGGUUGAGAUGA